AUGAAGGACGAAGCAAGUGAAUACUUCGCUUCUUGCAUUGAGCGAGAUCCCGAUAUCCCAUUUGAGGAUCUCGUUAAGAAGUUUCAACGGUGGUAUGAUCGCCAAGAACUUCCAGAAACAGCGCAGGUGAAAUUCAACACCAUGCGCCAACAACCUGAUGAGUCCCUCGAGAAAUGGUCGGAACGGCUCACGUCAACAGCAACAAUUGCAUUUGACAGAUUGCCAGAAGACUAUGUUGAGCGACAAGUCAUCAUGAGGUUCUGUCUUGGAUGUGAGCAGAAGGAGGCAGGUCAGUAUGCAGCCAACCUACAUCCCUUUUCUCUUGAGAAAGCAAUGGAUGCUGUGCGCACAUUCCAGCACACCCAUCAGGCCAUCUAUGGUAAGCCGAGACAGAUAAGAUACCUGGCAUCUGAUCGAGAAGAGGGUGGAGAUUUUCAAGUCAGGGCUGUAUCAAGGUCACCAGUAAGCAAUUCCAGAACCCCAACCCUGGAAAAGAAAAUGGACCAGCUGGAGGCAAGGUUCGACAAGAUGGAAACCAUGCUAUUCAAAGUAAUGGGAAGGUUUAGCAAUAGGCGUUCCCGUUCCCCUAGUCCCGCAACAUCACCUGGUCGCAGCAACAAAUGUUACCAGUGUGGCCAAGUGGGACACUUUAAGAUAAAUUGUCCUCAGAGAAGCCCGAUUAAAGACAAAAGGGUAACAUUUCGAGAGGAACAGAGUUCCGGGGAGAAGGAGUUAAACUCCAACGGGGUGGGUCGAAAGGCCUAA